GUAAUUAUACAGUUAAACGCAAUUUGAAAAGAAGAAACGAACUAUGAGCCAAAGAAAAAUAAAUUUUGCGUCGUAAUUUUGGUCAAACAGAAAAGAAACGAAAAAAAGGUACAAAUUUAAAUAUUUACAUUUUUACAUCUUUGAUUAGUUUUGAAUAAUUAGAUAUAGAUUGAAACCAUUUGGACAACCAAUUAUCAACCAUAAUAGCAAGAUGAAUCUUAUGGAUCUACUUUCGGGGGAUCCUCCAUCAUCCAUUUAUUCCACUAAGGAGAUUGAAGCAGAUACUAUCAUGGAUCUUGCAGAUAGUAAUGGUUCUCAAGUUAAUCAUCAUGAGGUAACGAAUUUGAAUUUGGCAGCUGACUUAAGCGAAGGAGUUGAACAUCCUAAUAAUGGGAUAUAUUACGUGCCCACCACAUUGACUAGACUCCAGAAGGAGUUGAUGGAAUUGGUCUUGCAAACUUUCAGUUCCGAUAUCUUACAAGAGUUAAGGGCCAAGAAAAGUAGAACUAGUAUUGAUAGUUUGCUUGAUAGUAGUUCUAAUGCUGAACAUGAAAGUGAUACGUUUGAUAAAAUAUCAUUAAUCAUGGAUCAAUUACUGAUAGUUGAAAGUCAUCCAUCAUUAUUGGUUGAUCAUUUCAUGCCUAAGAAAUUGUUACUUCUGGAAACAAAUGAAAGACUUCUUAGUAUGUCAGGUAAAUUACAACUAUUUGAUAAGAUGUUAAACUUGAUGGUUGAGAAAUGUAAUCAUGAAACUGGAUUUCAUGUAUUGGUAGUAGCUCAAAGUGUCAAAGAAUUAGAAUUAGUUGAAGGGGUGAUCAUUGGUAAAGAAUUAAAUUAUCGAAAUUUAAGCAGUGCAAAAUUAUAUGAUGAUGGUAAAUCCAUACCAAAUUUCAAUGAAAAGAGUAGUAAAGGGGAGUCAAAGGUUUGUUUGUAUCUUGCCACUUCACAACAGUUAUACAAUAAAUACAUGCUGUCUUUAGGUACCGUGAAUUCAAAAUUCAAUUUAAUAUUUUCUCUUGAUGCAAAAUUAGAUGCCAGUAGUCCAAGUAUUGAAUUGAUAAGAUCAGAAACAGUGGAAACUCCUAUUCUUAUACCCAUUCCAGUAUUCUCACUUCAACAUAUUGGAUUACAAAUCCCUCAACCUACUACAAAUUUUAGUUUUACAAAGGACACUAAUAGUGCCAUAUAUAAAUGGAAUCUUAGAAUGAUUAAAACAUUUAUUGUUAAUCGAUUCAAUUUAUUCGAAACCAAGGAGCCAGACUUUUUCUUAGAGCAAUAUGGAGGAGGUAUGAAACAAAUGAAUGAAUGGUUUAAAUCAUGGUCAAAAUUGAAUAUUCCUCAUAAUUUAUUAAAAUCAUUUGAUGAACAAUUAGCCAUUAAUUUUACCGACGAUAAAUUAAUUAAAAAAAUUAAUAACAAUUAUUCCAACCUUGACAUUCCAAAAACAACCAAAGUUGAACUCACCAACUUUUCUUAUAAAAGUUAUAAAUCUGCAUUAGCAGAAUCGUUGAAUUCAAGAGUUACACAAAUUGAAGAUUUCGUGUCGAAUAUUUAUGAAACUUCAGUUCCAGAGUUCAGAGCUAAGGAAACAUUAAGACAAGUUCAAUUGGAUGAAGAUGAAACUACCAUAGCGAAUAGUUAUCGAAAAUUAAGAAGAUUAAAUGAAGAUGCUGGAUUUGCAGAAAAGAAAUUCACUAGAAUAGAUAGUGAUUUAACUAAAGUACACGAAAGUAAAGAAGAAUUUGAAAGAAAAUUGCAUUAUUUGCAAGAUCACCUUUCAAAGGACGUAUCUGAAGAAGAGAUAUCAAAGCAACAAGAAUCAAUCGAUAAAUUAAAUGAAGAACUAAUUACUUUAUCAAAAGAGUUUGAUAAAUUAAAAGAUGAAGGUGAAGAAAUACGGAGUAAAUAUCAAACAAGUUCAGCAUCAGCCGCCCAGAUUGCUAAUAAAGUCAAUAAAUUUAAAGCUCAAAACAAUAAAGUAAUUACCAAAAUCGAUGGUCCAGGUAUGAAGAGUUUACCAUCACUCAUCAAGAAGGAUACAUUGAUAAACUAUGAAUAUCAAUUAAACAAAUUAAAGAAAGAAAAUGACUUCCUUGUUCAAUUCAUCCAAGAGAAAAUAGAUAAAGUUAGUCGAGAAAGACAAUCUGUGCUUGAAGCAUCAACUUCAGGCUCUAGUAGUAGGCCAAGCAACCGUAUCAGUAGAGCUUCUACUCCAUUGAACUAAAUCAAACAUUCUUCCUAUUCUCUCUGUAUAAUGUGUAUUAUUAUAUAUUACCAAACAAUGUAAUUAAAUACUUU